ACUGAUAAAGUUGUGGUUUAUUCUAAGACCUACUGCCCCUACUGUACAUCCACCAAGAACCUUUUUCAAGGGUUGGGCCAGGAGUUCAAGCUUGUGGAGUUAGAUAUCAACAGCAAUGGGUCAGAGAUUCAGAGAGGUUUGCAGGAGUUAACAGGCCAGAGAACAGUCCCUAAUGUUUUCAUUAAUGGUAAGCACAUUGGCGGAAACUCAGACUUGCAAGCGUUGAACAGUUCUGGCAAGUUGAAGGGAUUGCUUGCUUAG